GGACAUCGGAAGGAACUGUUGAAAGCAUUAAUGAGGUUUUAGCUAGGAAAGACCUAAAAAUAAAAGGGUCUUUGAGGUUUUGUUAGAUUUUAUUCGGUGCCAAACUGAAGGCUUAGUGAGCACCAUUGGAGACUUAAAAUUAAAUUUUCUGGAAACUCCUUUACUUAGAUCGCAUGUUUCGAUAAAACUCUAGUUCCCUUGAUUGGUUAGAAGUGUGAACUGUUAGGAAGCUUUAUAUGCUUGUCGUAACAAAACAAGAGUGCCUGAAGCACCCAAGCGCUUUUAUUAGAUAACUAAGUAUCCGUAAAGCUCAUUUAAAACUUGACACAAGUACUUUAGUAACAAAAACAAAAUCUGUGUAGUUUUUAUCUCGAAGUUGAGAGGGCUGAUUUACUUUCAUUUUUAUCGCUUCAACCUUUGAUAAGAUAGCGCAUGUGAGUUAUUUAAGCGCGAACUAACAUAUGUAGGCACACAUUGAACUUAUCAUGAUGUUUAUAUAUGUAUAUACAAAUAUAUAUGUACAUAUAUACAAGCAUGGGGUAUAAAUUUGUUAGCUAACCGAAUUAUCACCUUUAUAGUUGUUUUUUUAUUGCAUACUGAUUACUUAUUAUCUGCGCCCUAACCACACCAAUUAAGUAUUUAUAAGCAUUAUCUGACAAAAAAUCAAAAAAUAAUAUUUAUUUAACCAAUAAAUAUAUGUAUACAUAAGUAAGUUAACGCCACAAAUGAGCUACACAAACAAACACACACAGCGCACAGAGAUUUUCGUGACACAAUUCCAAACAAGUACAGACAACUUUAUAUAAUCUGCGCUCACUGCCAUACCAUAUACUCGUACCUGUCUAUCAACGCCCACGCACGCUUAGUCACACGCUCCUCUGACUCGAGUCAAAGCGCUGACAAUAAAUUAAAUUAUCGGCGCGUCGUUUGAAUGAUGGCCUAAACAACAACAAAUGCGCGCAAUCGAAAUAUAUAUAGAAAUAAAUUGCAUUUGUUUGCAAAUAUCAAUCGAAACAAAGCGCGUUCAAGGUGUACGCCAGCGUGAUGGUUAUUGACUAGUUUAGUGCGCACAAUGCAGCGCGACGGCCAACCGACAUUGGAGCGGAUGCUGCGCGAUAUGAGAAUUUAUUGCAAUGCGACAAUCUACUUAUAUGCAUUAAAGGAAGUGCUAACGUUGUUCCGUUGUUGACCGAGAGCACAGCACAGUGUCACUGCUUCGCGUUUACGGUUUACUGCAUUUUCGUUAAAACCAAAAGUGGAAACUUGCCCAGUAUUGAGCGCUCUUAAUUUAUUGUGAAUUAGCGACGCGGCGGAGAUUUCAAUUCUAAGCGCUCCUAUACGGAGUAACAACGUAUUGUGUGACGCAAUGAAAAUUUCAAAUAAUCGUAGUACGCUCUGUCGACGCGCACUCACAACAGAACACCUUUCGAGACACCGACCGCACCGCGACCGCAGCGCGUGUAAAGAAAGCUAUUAAAAAAUCGCUCACCGAUAAUGACGAUAAUAAAAAUGUUAUAAAGCGAAUGCGGCGAGCACUGGGCGCACGGAAAAAGCUCCACAAUUGACGCCGCUGGAAAAGCGUAGCGUAACGUGAGAGCCGUGCCGCGCCGCGCGGCGGAGUACGAGUCACUAAAGUACUGAAGUAAUCGAAACGCUUAGUAAGCGAUUGAAACGCGCGUUGAGCGGCAGCGAAAAAUACUUACCGACCGUCAAGUGUUUUGUACUUGAUUAAUAAUAGCGAGAAACGCAGGUGCCGGCGGUGGUGGGGCGUGUGUUGUUGUGCCUGUGUGUAACCAGAUAGCGAAAAACGUAUGUAUCUUAACUAAAUUAGCGCGUUAUUCGGUCGUUCGGUUACUUCCCCAGUGUCUACAUUGCCAAUGUGGCCUUGAAAAGGGCAAAAAAUCAGCUGAAAUUCCACGGUGUUCACAAAAUAAAAACAAAAAAACCGGAAAAAUAACACAAAAAAUAACAAAAAAUGUGGUGGGUUUGGUUAAUUGUUGGUGUUGUACUGGCUGUGCUCGUCAUUUUCGUGAUUACGCCACUCCUCUACAUCUGCUACAAGCGCAACUACUGGCGUUGGCAUCAGGUGCCCUACGAACCGCCCGCACCGGAAUUCGAGAUACUGCAGCGCUUGUUCGGUCUGCGCCCCACACUCGAAUGGGAGGAGCUGGAGCACUACGAUGCACUGUAUCGGAAUUUUAAGGGCCAAAGCCCAUUUUGCGGUUACUACCAUCUCAUGCAGCCGCGCGCCCUUAUACUCGACCGCGACUUGAUUAUGCAGAUACUGAUCAAGAACUUCUCGAAUUUCAACGAUCGCGGCAUCUACCACAACAGCAAGCACGAUCCGCUCUCAGCCGAUCUGUAUAGUCGUCGCGGUGCGGAGUGGAAAGAGAUGCGUUUGCGACUGGAGCCGAUCUUCGCCAAAGAUGAAAUGCGCCACCUAUACGACGGUUUGCGCGAGUCGUGCGCAGAGUGGCUGAAUGGCUUCGAUCAGCUGGUGCUAGCUGAGCGCGCACACAGCGGCUACAUUGAGAUACGUACACAAAUACGGCGCUAUGUGUUGGCCACUUUGGCUGCUUGUGUAUUCGAUUUAAACGCGCAACGCCAACAGAAAUAUCCGCUCAAUGUAUUCGACGACAUGACUCAUCUGGAGAAUACGACAUCACGUCACAGCGAAUUUGCGAAUGCGUUUCUACGUCGCUACCCGCGUUUGGGUAAGAAACUCAAGCUGCGCACCACUUCCAAAGAGGUGGAAGACUAUUUCACGGGGCUCAUCACUGAGGUGGUCACGGAACGCGAACAGAGCGGUGCCGUUAAGAAAGACUAUCUGCAGCUGCUGGUUAACUUAAUGCAGCAGGAGUUGAGUACGCACGAAGUGCAAGAUCAAACAAUGAAGGAGCUCAAGGAGCACUUAAUGGAUGAGUUGGCGGCGCAUGCGAUCUCCUUUCUGAAGGCGGGCUUACGCCCAACCACACACACCAUCACAUAUGUUCUGUAUGAGUUGGCUCUAAACGAACCCAUACAGCAGCAGUUGCGUGACGAGGUGGAAGAAGCCUUGCAACGGCACAACAAUGAGCUUUCCUACGAUUGCAUACGUGAACUGAAGUUUCUGGGUCAAGUUAUAUCAGAGACCAUACGCCUGCAUCCGGUUGUACCUUAUCUGAUACGACGCACACUCACCGAUUUCCCGGUACCGAACAACAACAAAUAUGUGCUCCCCAAAAAUAUGUUCAUCAUCGUGCCGACACAUGCCAUACACAGCGACGCUGAAUAUUAUCCCGAUCCGUUUAUAUUCAAACCGGAACGCUUUGGUCGCACAGACAAUAAACGACGCGACCUCUGCAUGUGGCUGGGCUUCGGCGAGGGUCCACGCAGCUGCAUUGGUCUGCACUUUGCGCAGCUUAUGAUGCGUCUACUGCUGGCACAGUUGAUCACGCGUUACAGUUUCAGUGUGGAUCGUACGCGUUUGAUGGUCAAGCCACAGAAUGUGAUUAGAUUGCGUGUGGACCCGCUCAAUGAACAACCCGAGGGCAGGGAGGCGGAAGUGGUUAUCUAGCUGUAUUUCGGGUAUAUGGGUAUUUUAGGUUUUUACAGGGUGACUAUUGUAAAUAUUUAUUUAUGUAUAUUUUUGUUAUGUGAAAAUCUUGAAAUGUAAAAAACACCACACGACUCUACGCUUAAAUGGGCCCAGCAGUGUAAUAUAUUAUUAACUUAUUUUUAUUUGAAAUGCUUUUUUAGAAAAGUAAACAUUUGUUAUUGUGAAACAACAAAAUCUAGGAGUCUAGUUAAGCGCAGUGACCUCUUCACUGCCGUGCAGUAUUGACCUAGCUAUAAGUGUAGAAACAGUUUGUAUAUCAGUUACAAUAACAACGAAGACAUAGCGUUAACAAUGUUAGUGAGAAAUGUUAAUAAAUGAAGAAAUUAAAAAAUAAUAUUGUGAAA